AUGGACUUCAACAUCAUUUCCGAAAAUGCGUCUAGGCUUGGGGCGCGGCUGCAGGAGACGUUCUCGGAGCACACCCGCGAUCUAAAUAUUGCGCGUGCGUCGAGCUCGACAUAUCUCGACAAUCCUGAGGAAAAGGUGAAGAACAUCAAGAAACAGCUCGACUCGAACAGCGACAGGGAAAAGCUGGAGGCGAUGAAGAGGCUCAUUGCACUCAUCUCAAAGGGCCGCAACGUCUCCGAGUUCUUCGCGCAGGUCGUCAAGAACGUCGCCUCCCACAACCUCGAAAUUCGCAAGCUCGUCUACAUUUAUCUCCUCCGCUACGCAGAGCACGAGCCCGACCUCGCCCUCCUCUCCAUCAAUACUUUCCAAAAGGACCUCUCCGAUUCCAGCCCCCUCAUCCGCGCCAUGGCCCUCCGCGUCCUUGCCGGCAUCCGUGUACCCAUGAUUGGCAGCAUCGUUGUCCUCGCAAUCAAGAAAUGCGCUGCAGAUGUAAGCCCCUACGUCCGCAAGGCCGCAGCCCUUGCCAUUCCAAAGUGUUACAGCUUAGACUCCUCCCACCAGCCAGAACUCAUCACCAUCAUCUCUACUCUCCUCCGCGAUCGCUCUCCGCUCUCACUGGGAAGUGUUGCCGUCGCCUUCGCAGACGUCUGUCCAACGCGCCUCGACCUUCUUCACCCGCACUACAGACGCUUGUGCCGCACGCUCAUCGAUGUGGAUGAAUGGGGUCAGGCAGACCUCUUGGGUCUGCUUAUCCGUUAUGUGCGCACUAUGCUUCCGCGUCCCGCCACAAAUCCAGAUACAAAUACCGACGAAGUGGACGACGACCUGAAGCUCCUCUUAGACUCUGCUGAGCCAUUGUUCCAGUCACAGAAUCCCGCGGUCGUGCUCGCUGUCGCACGCGUCUUUUACUACUUGGGGCCUCAGUCACAGACAUCGAAGGUCGUACUUCCUCUCCUUCGCCUAUUGCACGCGUCUCAAGAAGUGGAGCGAGUCGUGCUUGCAUAUCUCGCUACUGCCUCUCCUUUGCUCUCGCAAGCUCUUGCUCCUCACUAUGCACGCUUCCUUGUACGAACAGACGAUGUGCGCCAAACGAAGAAAGACAAAAUUCGCCUCUUACGCGCGGUAAUCACUCCAGAUACCCACCAAGCGCUCCUUCGCGAAUUUAUAGCCUACGCGGAUGAUACAGAUGACGUGCUUGUCGCAGAUGCUAUUCAGGCUAUCGGAUAUUGCGCGCGUCACAUCCCUGAAUCCACCCAGCAAUGCCUCUCGGCACUGAUGUCAUUCAUUCAGAGCAAACAUGACGUCGUCGUCGCUAACGCAGUUCUCGUCCUCAAGUCCCUCGUACAAAUACGUCUGCAGCAGCAAUCCCCACCCUUACACACCUCAGUUCCCGGGAGCUCCACCACCUCCCCAUUGUCCAUCAUCUCGCGGCUGGCCUGGAAGAUCGACGAGAUCCAGCAUCCUAAAGCGCGCGCAUGCGUCCUCUGGCUUGUCGGCCAGUACGCGGCGUCGGAUACCGAGCCACAGUUGAAUGGUGUGCAGCAUACGGGAAGCAUCGAGGGCAUUGCGGAUUGGGCGCCGGACGUGCUGCGUAAGUCUGUCAGGUCGUUCGCCCAAGAGACCCCAAUCGUGAAACUGCAGAUUCUCACACUUGCAGCGAAACUACUAGUGCUCUGUCCGACAGACCGCGCACUCGGCCUCCUCACGCGUUAUGCACUGUCACUCGCACGAUUCGAUCUCAAUUUUGAUGUACGCGAUCGAGCGCGGAUGCUAGGCUCCCUCCUGUUCGGGGUGAAUCCUACAGUUUUGCAGGACAGUGAUGAUUCGUACGAGAACCCGGGCGGCGUGACGCUGCGCCGCGAACAAGUGAGGAUGGUGCUUUUCGAGGGAAAGCUCGGAACUGCUGAGGAAUUGUCGAAGACAGCAGACGGAGAACGCCAGUUCUUUGGCUCGCUCACUGCGGUCACAGGAAGGGAAUUCCUUGACAGCCACCUCCCAGAUUGGCUCGAAGAGGGCACCGAGUCGUCCCUUAGAGAUACUGAAGACGAUGCCCCCCCGCCGCCUAUGAUCUCACAGAUUUCAUCUCAGUCGGGUCCCCGUGCAAUAAGCUCACGGGCGACACCUAUUGUCCUAACGCCUUCGAACGGAUUGUCUCCUUCGAGUUCGUUCGUACGCCAGAAUGGAUCACGAUCUGAUUGGACAGAUCUCGAUAAGUUCUACGAGGACACGAACGACGAAGAGGACGAGAGCGAAGACAGUGAAGACGAAGAUGAUAGCGAUGACGACGAGGAAACCGGGGAAGAUGGAGAGGGACCUGAUGAAAGCGAUGACGACGAGAGCGAAGAAGAGCAAACCCAUAGAUAA